CCGUCCAAGCGUCAAUUCGGCACAGCCCCUCGCAGUGCGUGCGUGCCGCCCCUCUUCCUGGGUGCUUGAGGAGAGGGGCGGAUAGUGGUAUGGCCCGCUCUGGCCGCGUCAGGAGGCGGCGGCCCCUCACCAUGGCGAAGACGUACAAAAGGAGAGGGGUGCCAAUGAAUCUCACGUCCGCCAUCGCUGUGCUCCUCCUUAGCGUCUCCCCUCAUCCUCGUCCUCGUCACCCUCAUCGUAAUCCAACUUCGCCGCAUCCUCACCACUGCGCAUCCACGAUGAGGUUCGACAGUCAAUUCCUCGCCUUUGUCGCCACGGCAAUUGCCAUCGGCAGCAUCGCCUCAGCUGUGCCCAUCGCCGUACCUGCUGGUGACCACACGAUCAAGGACUGGAUCUCUGCAGGCGGUGACAAGGUCUCUUGCAUGAACGACAACUACGAUCCCACCGCAGUCGGAGGCUCUUGGGACCCCGCUUUGAUCAACAAUCCUUGCGUCAAGAUCCUCGAGACCAAUCAGCACAAUCAGCGUCGCAAUCUUGGAGGCGCUGGUUUCAAUGCCAACGCCGGCCUCGAUGCCAUCCUCAACAUGAUUCUUGGAGAUGGCGGCCUCAUGGCCAAGGCUACUGGCACGGCAGUCGCCAACGCCAAGGCUGGUCCGAUUGGCCCCAUCCUCAAGAAGCCUUGCCCCGACGACAAGGACAAGGGAGCGCCCGAGAAGACGCCUCCCACUGGCACCGCCCCCCAUCCCAAACCCCACCCUCAUCCUGUCGCUGACAAACCUAAGCCUCAUCCCGGCAUGGAUAAGCCCAAGCCUGAGCCUAAGCCCGAGGGCAAGCCCAAGCCUAUGCCUACGCCCAAGCCUGAGCACAGUGAUGACGAGGGCAACAAGGACCCUCCCUCUGUCGGCGGCGGGAUCUUCGGCCCCAUCUUUGGUGCGCACGGUGCCGCAGGAGGCGCGGGCGGCAUCGAUGCUGGUAUUGGGGGCAUCAACGCCGGGGGUAAGGCUGGUGGCGAAGGCAACCUUCACCUCGGCUGGCCCUUCAUUGAAAUCGGGAAGGGCGGACACUCUCUCGAGCGCCGUACUCAGGGUGGCGGUGAGGUGAUCAUUUCUCCGCUCUUCCCUGUGCUCAGCGCUCAUGGUGCUGCUGGCGCGGCAGGCGGUUUGGACGCCGGCCUCACGGGUAUCGACGCUGCAGGCAAAGCUGCCGCCGGUGGUAACAUGCACCUCGGCUGGCCCUUCGUGGAAGUCUUCGAUGGUAACUGGAACCCUCUUCAGCGUCGAGACGCGCACCCUGCCCCCAAGAUGUCGAAGGCUACCGCUGCCAAGAUGGACAAGAUCCGCACCGAGCUCCGAGCCGUCGCUGCGGCCGAGCUCAAGAAGCACCACGGUGACGUUGCGGCUGCUAAGAAGGAGAUUGAAGAGCUCUGGAACACGGUCAUGCAGGAGUACGCUGCUGAUCGCCACAAUGAGGACACCUCUGCCAACAAGCCUCCCACUGCUCGCAAACUCGCAGACGAGGACCAGAACCUCAAGUCAAUCCGAGGUAUCGCCAUGCAGAUUGCUGCUCUCGUCCCCGUCCAGAUGAAGGAGUUUCAGCUGCAGGCCGACGCCGUAGUCAAGAAGAUAAGGGAGGAUCUCAGCAGCGGCGUGUCUGCACCGUCUACCAUGGAGCGUCGCGUCAAGGAAUCUGAGAUGAGCAAAGAGGAUCGCGAUCGCCAGGGUCUCACCAACCAGGCCAUUGCCAUGAUCCCCGCCAUUGCUAAGCAGGCUGAACUUCAGUACGAGGCCGUCAAGAGCCACAUCGACGACUGGGGCAGCAUGACGUUUGGCCGCCGCGAUAGUGCUCCUCAACUGCCUAGCUUCGACGACCUCGCAAAGCAAGCCGCCGACGCCGCGGCCAAGACGCAGGACCUCGCCAGCAAGGUCGACUGGGAUGACACCGAGAAGGCCGUAGCUUCGGGCGUCAAAGCCUUCCUCGCCUCCUCUCCUGACCUCGCCAAGGCUAUCGCUGGCUCCUUUACGGGCAUCAAUGUCCCCGACUACAUCGCCUUUGCUUCGAAGCUUGCCUCGGACCCAAACACGGCUGCCGCUCUCGCCAGCUUCGUCAAGGCUUUCCCUAGCUACGAGAAGGCCUUCGCCGAUGGGCUCGCCGCUGUAGGCAAGGGACUGCCCGACAUUACCAAGUCAUUCCCCGGCGGUGCAGGCUUUGGACCCGCAACUCCUCCCGCCCUCGCUGAGUACCAUGCCGUAGCUGCCCAUGCGGCGAAGCGCCUUCGCGCCCACAAGCAUUGAUCCAUCGAUCGAGCCGCGCUAGGACCCCGCCAUCGCCACUUCGAACCGCUUUACCAUGUCAUAUCUCUGAGCGUAGCGGCGUUGAUCGUUUAGCUAGCUGCUGUUGCUUCCGCCUCAUCUCAUCUCGUCUCAU